CGGGAAGCCGCGCUCCGCCAGGAAAUCCCGGCAGGAACUCCAGAGGGGGCCCUGGGAAACGCGUGCAUUUAUUCAUCGCAAGUGUGCAAGGCUCGCCAAUUGAGAGGCAGAGGCAGCACUAGUCGGGCUUAGGUAUUCUAGCCUCUGCGAAUGUAAUUUCGGAUUUAGAUUCAGCUUAAAUCCAAAGGGAAAACACUUUAUAAGGCUGAAAGCUGUGUAGUUGCAACAGCCAGGGUUAUGAGCUAUCAAAGGCAAUUACAUUAAAAUAGAUUAUACUGUGUAAAUUGAGCCAUUUAGAAGGUGAGAACCAAAGAAACAGCUCUGAUCCCCCUUCUUUCUAAAUUGCAGUUUUAGUUCCUUGCAAUUCUGAGGCACAAAAGUAGGUGAGACUGCUUUUGUAUCCGCAAAGUGCUUUAUUUCUGAGUGUAAUUCUAACUGAGUGCAAUCUAGGUUAAAAGCUGGACAACUGGGUAAUUAGAGCUCACUUGCUGCUAAAGGACGCUCAGCUGUACCGUAGCUCAUUUGUGUUCCCAGAGACUUGCUCUCCUCUCCCCUGAGCGGAGGCUGCUGGAGAAGAAGCAUCUGUGCCCGGACUUUUCUUGAUUGCGGAGAUGAUGGUGCUGGACAAGGAGGACGGCGUGCCGAUGCUCUCCGUACAGCCCAAGGGGAAGCAGAAGGGCUGCGCCGGCUGCAACCGAAAGAUCAAGGACCGGUACCUGCUGAAGGCUCUGGAUAAGUAUUGGCAUGAAGACUGCCUAAAGUGUGCCUGCUGUGACUGUCGUCUUGGAGAGGUUGGAUCAACUCUUUACACAAAAGCAAAUCUCAUUCUCUGCCGCAGAGAUUACCUGAGGCUCUUUGGUACCACCGGGAAUUGUGCUGCCUGCAGUAAACUGAUCCCUGCCUUUGAGAUGGUGAUGAGGGCCAGAGAUAAUGUUUACCAUUUGGACUGCUUUGCCUGUCAGCUCUGCAACCAGCGGCUCCAAAGCACCUCCCUUCCCUCUUCAAUCGCCAGCAUGGUCCCACUCGGUCCUUCAGACAACCUCCAGGGCUGUCACUGCCCAGCAGGAGAGUGCAGAUUCUGCGUGGGAGACAAAUUUUUCCUGAAGAACAACAUGAUCUUGUGUCAGAUGGACUAUGAGGAAGGGCAGCUGAACGGGAGCUUCGAGUCCCAGGUUCAAUAACAGCCCCUGCUUGGCUGGAGCACUGUGGGAUGGGCGCUUGGCCGCACGAGCAGCGAGGGCGUCUGUCAGCUUGCCUGCAAUAUUUUUUUAAUUCUUGGUCCAGAGAGGACUAUAUACAUUGUAGUACUUUUCCCCCCCAACACAAAGCAGUUACAAUUUUAGAUGUACAGUUGUGCCUGCUUAGCUGAGCACUGCAUUGCCUGUAUGUUUGUGAGUUUUUGGGGUCUGGGGGAGGGCUCUGUACAGUCUGUUUUCUGUAUAUAAACUGGAACAUUUAUUUUAUGAAAAAUGUAAUGCAAUUUUAUUACUGGUGUGAAUUAAAAAUUAUGAAUGUUUCCUGGUCAUCUUUGCCGUGGUUUCUUCCCCGUGUGGCAAAAGCCAUUCCUGUAUUUCCUGUGCUUUAGCUGAACAGACUGCUGGAAACGUGUACAUAGCUCCCUGGAAACUGCAUGGAUCACAGCAGAGGCAGGUUCUCUCGUAAUAACUGGGGGAAAUGCUGCUGCAGGGUUGUGGAGCCUUCCAUCCAACCACCUGCUUCCCUGGAUAAUGGGGGGGAAUGAGCUGGGGGCAGGUGGUGGCUGGGAACCAUGGGCAUUGCUGGCGGGGCUGCUGUGCCAUGCUGGGCUGCUGGCUGAGAGGCUCCUUGUGGAUUCAGACACAGCACUGCCAUGGAAUUCCUGCUGGCAGCCUGAUCCUGUGUCUCCAGUCUGGGCUGUGAGGAACAGGCUCCCUGCAGCCCUGCCAACAGGUGCCUGGGCAUUGAUCAGAAUAUUAAUUUCAAGGCUUUGCUAGGCAGUGGGAUUUUCCCAUGGGGCAUCACUUGUCCAGGUCAGAGCUGCUGCGGGAGCUGAUGUCAGGGCUGGGACGUGACCGGGCGCUGAUGCAGCAGAUCCCUGCUCCCAGCCCUUUUUGUUCACUCUGUGCCAGGUGCUUUGACCUCCCACGAAAUAAAAGCGAUCAGAUUUGAAGCAUCUCCCGGAGAAAAAAUUCUGAACUGUGUUCCUGCUACGAUGCUUUGUGCAAUGAUUUUCAAGGUUAUGCAAUUCAUGUGCAACCCACUGGACUGUAUCAAACACAUUUCUUUGUAUAGUGAGUGUCACUUUAAUAUAGUGCACCAGUAGCUGUAAAGGAUGGCUGCAAUUCUAUUUAUUUUGUCUUCUUUCCUUUCCUAGAUUUACCCCCCUUUCCUUUAAUAAAUAGACACCGAGUA